GACCUCUGCCCCGGCGGGCAUCUCCGUCUCCCCGGCCCAGCGUGCCCGCUACGCCACCUACUUUGACGUGGCAGUCCUGCGCUGCCUGCUGCAGCCCCACUGGACGGAGGAGGGGGUGCACUGGGCCCUCAUGUUUUACCUGCAGCGCCUGCGUCAGAUCCUGGAGGAGCGCCCGGAACGCCCGCCGGAGCCACUGGUCCCGCCCCUGCCCCGCCCUCGCAGCAGCUCCAUGGUGGCCACCGCCCCCUCUCUCGUCAACACCCACAAGACUCAGGACAUGAGUCUGAAAUGCAACGAGGAGGAUAAGUCCCUCAGCUCAGAGACCUUCUCUAAGGUGUCCCUGACCAACCUGCGCAGACAGGCUGUACCCGACCUUUCCUCUGACCUGGGGAUGAACCUCUUCAAAAAGUUCAAGAACCGGCGGGAGGACCGUGAGCGUAAGGGCUCCAUCCGUCACACGGGAAGAGAGCGCCAGCGCGCAUGG